UCAGCAGUCUCUGGUCAUUCCCUUCACUGUCUGCAGUCUCUGGUCAUUCCCUGCACUGUCCGCAGUCUCUGGUCAUUCCCUGCACUGUCCGCAGUCUCUGGUCAUUCCCUGUACUGUGUCCGCAGUCUCUGGUCAUCCCCUGUACUGUGUCCGCAGUCUCUGGUCAUCCCCUGCACUGUGUCCGCAGUCUCUGGUCAUCUCCUGCACUGUGUCCGCAGUCUCUGGUCAUCUCCUGCACUGUGUCCGCAGUCUCUGGUCAUCUCCUGCACUGUGUCCGCAGUCUCUGGUCAUCCCCUGUACUGUGUCCGCAGUCUCUGGUCAUCUCCUGUACUCUGUCCGCAGUCUCUGGUCAUCUCCUGUACUGUGUCCGCAGUCUCUGGUCAUCUCCUGCACUAUGUCUGCAGUCUCUGGUCAUCUCCUUUUUUUUUCUUGUUU